UUAGGUAUUUUUGUAGUGAGGCCUCUUAAAUGGCUGAGUAGAGUUUGGAAGUCUUGUUAUAGAUUCCUCACUUUUAAGCUGAUGCAGCAACUCUUUAUAUUUUUUUUUUACAUAUUAAACAUCUUAAGACUUCUUGCUAGACUUGAUGGGUGGUUUGUGCUUAUAAGAUCUUAUAGUUCUGCCUAUCUACUGGAGUUGAUUAAUUAUUUAUACAGAACUGUACACAUGUCAAAAGUUAUUUUGACAUGUUCCAUCUGAUUUUGACAGAUAUUGCACCAGUUUGUGAAGGUGCUGUUCAGCACAUUGCCUCAAAAAGGUUUCAAAUUGGGGGAAUUGAUUUGACUAACUUACUAACACAAGAACUUCGCAAAUCCAAUACCUUAAUGAACAUCGACAUUUCUGAGGUUGAGAAGUUGAAGGAGCAAUAUGCACGGUGUGCAGAAGAUCAAGUUGCCUUUGGUGAGACCCAAAGAACAUGGCCUAAAGAGACGCACACCCUUCCUGAUGGUCAGACUAUAACUAUUGGACGGGAGGGCUAUAUUGUUGGGGAAGCUCUAUUUCAACCAUCAAUUUUGGGCUUAGAGGAGUAUGGGAUAGUUGAGCAGCUGGUUCACAGCAUCUCAAGCGUUUCUUCUGAGAACCUACGUCAACUACUUGAAAAUACCAUGCUUUGUGGUGGUACAGCAUCUAUGUCUGGUUUUGAAGAGCGGUUCCAAAAGGAAGCUAAUCUAUGCUCUUCAUCCAUUCGACCAUCACUUAUUAAGCCACCAGAAUACAUGCCAGAGAACUUAUCCAAGAAUUCAGCCUGGAUGGGUGGUGCUAUAUUGGCUAAAGUUGUUUUCCCUCAAAACCAGCAUGUCACCAAGGGAGAUUAUGAUGAGACGGGACCGGCAAUUGUUCACAAGAAGUGCUUCUAGUUGUAAAUUGCCAGCAUAGUAUAGGCUGCUAUCUACUAAUCCGCAUACGUGCUAAUCAUGAUUAUUCUAUUUGUAGCACUUAUGUUUUCGCAAUUACUUUGGCAAUUCUAGAAAGUAGAGACAAGCAUCUGAUUCUCUUAAGCAGAUAUCCUCCUUUCAGGUAAAAUAUCUUAUGGGAAAUGAGUGUGUGCCAAAAGGUAAAGCUCAUUCAAGAUUUGGCUUGCUCUUAUGAGACUGAACGAGUGUACAACAUUCUACUAAUCACCCGGAAUGGGUUACAUGCUCAAAUAUUUAGCAUGGACUAGGUA